AUCGAAGACCCCUUAAUUCAAUCGAUCACAAGUCUCUCCUUCGAUAACCUUCAGCGAUAACCUUCAGGUACCAUAGAUAAUAGGGAUUCGGAUAAAUAUCGACCUUGAACGCGAAGUGAAUAUCGUGCAGAGAAAACUUUUCGUAAGAAUUGCAGGAAUUGCUGAACAAACAAGAAAAAAUGGAAGGCUCAGAAUUCGUUACGCCAUAAUCCAGUAUACUUAUUGAUGUUGCGAUCGUGUGUACGUGAUGAACUAGAUCCUCCGAGUCACCUCACACACCGCCCAAGAAAUACAGCUGUCCGUAAUCCACCCAUCGACGGUAUCAAGAGAAAGGUUUAACGCGUAAUUCGAGACUUUCGUUUCCACACUGUUUGUCUUGAAGAGCUGCAGUCAUUUCCCCCUCUAAUUAGCUUCGUGGGAGCGUUUGACAGAAGCUGUUGUCCGAUCAAAAAUAACUUCAACAGCAUAAUGAUGUUCGAGCAAUGCCCCAUUGCUCACGGAUAUUCAGGUCUGUUCCAUCCCGCGAUGAGAGUCCCGUUCAUUCAUCACUUCCUGAAAUGCUUACGAAGGGUUUUCGUUGCACAUCGCGCUCCUGGCCGAUACCUCUGGGCUAUCUGGUGCUUUUUUGCGCGACAAGAUGCCAGGAACAUUUCUACGUGGUCUAAAUCGAAUAAAAAGAGUGGUACUGAAGAAGAGACUUGCCGUGUAUUGGAUUCAUGUUCAGUUCGCUUUGGGAAGGAGGAUGGAUACCUUGAAAGUGAUACUACUUUCAACUGUGGAUCACAGUCGAUAUCGCCCAAAGAUUCUGUGUUUGCGUGCGCCAGCGAAGUUCCAUCGAACCUUCAUUCAUCCCCGUGUAACAGCCGUAGGGCAAUAAUCCCAUCCUACGAAUUGCAAACAACGAAUAUACGGGAGGAUUUCAGCUUCGAAAGCAUGACAUAUCUUCUCAAGGACGAAGACACUCAAUGGGCGGCAGAUAGCCCUUUACCCUCGACCUCGCGCCUUGAUCAGCCUGUCAAUGUUCCGCAGCUCGACACAGACCCUGACCGGGUGUCAGGGCCAGCUCAGGAACUGACUACAGGGCCAGGUCUUAUGGAGGGGGAGGAGGGAAUUGUCGGAGGCUACAACCUUGCGCCUAUAACUACGUCUCCGGUUGAGGAGUCAGGACAUACAACUCUAGAGGCUGAAGUGGCCGGUUUCCGAAACAAGACUCUUAGCGAAAUGUGCGACGAUUUUCAUCCUAUGGCCCCAGAGAUCUAUUACAGAUAUUACAAGGAGGAUUAUAUUGAACCUUUGGUAACGACAUACGAACUUGCACCCAUGACCAUGAGAUUCCAGACACGAUGUUUACCGCCCGGGUGGAAAGAAUUCAUUCACCACGAAGGUGCCCGGUACUUUCUCUACGAAUCCAAGAGAAUUUACACCGACGCAGACAUCUACAAUCCCUCGGUACAACAACACGCCAGAAGAUUGAUCAAUGAAUUCGACAAGUACACACGUAUACGAAAUAUCGUUUUAACGCCGAACAUGAAUGUCGUGUUCGACAUGUUCUACGAUUCUGAAGAUGGCACCUGUCCAUGCCGGUACUAUAUAGUUGACCAUACUACGAGGUCUGUGUUCUGGCUAGACAAAUUUGAUGCAGAUCAGUUACAAGUAUGGGAAGAAGUCAAGGGGGUGACGGAGUUGACUCACAUACGUCAUGCCAUUGAAUCGCAGUAUUGGUACCAUUGUCAUCUGUUCCCUGAUUCAUUUUGUAUGGGUGAAGCGGAAGUGGACGAGUUGAAGGAUAUCAUAACCUAUUGGAUUUGCGACGUUUUGACAUCGCAAGGUAGCACCAGCCCUUACGAACCAGAGAAACUACAAAAUAUACUAUCUCUCACCAACAAUCUCUCAAAAAAUCUUCAGGGAGGCGCUGCUGCCUAUGCUAGACUGAUGCACCUUUUUGCUCGUCAACGAUUUCUCGACUUUUAUGGUCAACCGACAGUCCGUCUCGAUCGACAGAGAUCCAUCCACCUCCCAGGCGAUUCAACUUCAUCUCAACCCUGGCUAUUAGGCUAUAUAUCACCACUCAUGUUCUCUGCCCCAAAUGUCUAUUAUGGAAGGAUUAAGGAAGUGUAUAUAGAUAGAUGUGUACACUUCUCCGAAUGGCAAAGCAUGAUCUCCCGUAUGGUCAACGAGUGGGGGGAGUCGAUCCUGACGGGCUCUGUAAUCCUGACCGCGAAUGUAGCCUUCCUUGCGAUUCAAUCUGUUGACUCAGCGGCGAUCACACCAAACAGAUCCCCCGCUCAGAUUUUGAGUUUUGUCUCCGUAGCUGCAAGCAUCGGUUGCAUUGUCACCGGUUUGCUGCUCGUUAGAAAGAACAAAUCAAUCAAUCCCGGGUCAAUGGUACUGUCCUAUUCAUUGAAAAAGCUUAACGUCUCGAGACGCUCAACAUUCCUUUGAGGCCAUAUAUCUAAACUCGCAUGAGUUCGGAGUUGGGACCUUAGCGUUAAUAUAUUCCAUUCCUUAUAUGUUGCUGAUGUGGAGUGUAAUUUUAUUCCCCGCUGCCUUUUCCUUCUACUGUUUCAACGGUUCCACGUUAUAUGUCCGGUUGAUCGUGGCGUGCUCGUGGAUCAUUGUCUUCUCCCUCUCCCUCUGGUGUAUCUUCACCAUGGCACGAUGCGAUCAGUCUGGCAAGACUCCUACACGGCUUGGGAUCGUGAUUGCUAUCGAACAUACCUUCAACAAAACCGCUGAGGCGAUGAAACGAAAAUUGAACGAUUGGAGGCUCAGACAGCCUGGGCAAGAGACCCUGGUGUUGAGGUUGAGGAGGUUGGGCGGGAUGUGGAGGCAGGCUGUGAAGAAGGCGGCUAUAUUCAGUGCGCUUGGGAGUGGGAGCGGGAGAAAACGGGUGACGGUGGAAGCCGAGGCUCGAAAUGAGGCACAUGCUACGUCGGUG